CGCCCCCCGCUCACUCUCUCGGUGGCUCCGAAACGCGCGAGGCGGCGCGGAGCGGAGCGGUCCUGGCGGAGCCCCCCGGUGCCGUCCUCGGUGCUGCCGAGGAGGGCGCGAUGGGCGCGGGGCGGCUCUGAGGGCUCCGCCAUGGACCCGAGGCGACUGAACGAGUCCCUGCAGGAGCUGCUCUGCCGCCCCGGGAACGGUAGCGGCUCCGCCAACGGCACCGGGACCGGCCCCACCUGGAACGGCUCCGCCUGCGACCUCCUCCGCAGGGGCUUCCGGGGGCCGCCGGCGCCCAAAGAGCUGGACCUGACGGUGCGCGUCCUGCUGUACGCGCUGAUCUUCGUGCUGAGCGUCUGCGGGAACGCCCUGGUGGUGGCCGUGCUGCUCCUCAACCGCCGCCUGCGCACCGUCACCAACUCUUUCCUGCUGUCCCUGGCGCUCAGCGACCUGAUGCUGGCGCUCUGCUGCAUGCCCUUCACCCUCAUCCCCAACCUCAUGGGCACCUUCAUCUUCGGAGAGGCCGUCUGCAAGCUGAUGGCCUACCUGAUGGGCGUCUCCGUCUCGGUCUCCACCUUCAGCCUGGUGGCCAUCGCCAUCGAGCGGUACAGCGCCAUCUGCAACCCGCUGCAGUCCCGCGUGUGGCAGACGCGCUCGCACGCCUGCCGGGUGAUCGCCAGCACCUGGCUCUUCUCAGCGCUGCUCAUGUUGCCCUACGCUGUGUACAGCACCACGCGGCUGCUGCCCGUGCCCGGCGCCCGCCCGCCCCUCAGCCAGUGCACUCACGCCUGGCCCAGCGAGCACGUGAGGCAGGCAUGGUACGUCCUGCUGCUCCUCGUCCUCUUCUUCAUUCCGGGCGUGGUGAUGAUCGUGGCUUACGGGCUCAUCUCCCGUGAGCUGUACCGAGGGAUCCGCUUUGAGCUGGACAUCAAGGGGGAAGCAGCAGCCCAGCGCAGCACAGACCCACUGCCCGCCUGUGACGAGGGUGACGGCUGCUACCUGCAGCUCUCCCGGCCGGGCGCUGCGCUGGAGCUGCGGGCGCUGGGAGCGGCGGGGGCGCAGCAGGAGCGGGCGCGCAUCAACAGCUCGGAGGCGAAGCUGGUGGCCAAGCGGCGCGUGAUCCGCAUGCUGGUGGUCAUCGUGGCCAUGUUCUUCCUCUGCUGGCUGCCCAUCUUCGCGGCCAACACGUGGCGUGCCUUCGCUCCGCGGGCGGCGCAGCGCGCGCUCUCGGGGACGCCCAUCUCCUUCAUCCACCUGCUGUCCUACACCUCGGCCUGCGCCAACCCGCUCAUCUACUGCUUCAUGAACCGCCGCUUCCGCGCCGCCUUCCUGGGCACCUGCGCCGGCUGCCGCCGCUCCUGCCCGCGCCGCGCGCCCGACGAGGACGUGGCCAACGCCAACGCGUCGCUCUCCAAGUUCAGCUACACCACCGUCAGCAGCCUCGGCCCCCCCUGAACCCGCCCGGCCCCGCGCCGCCCCCCGGCGACAAUUCGCUCGCGCCCCGGCGCGGCCCCGCGGUCGUCCCCCUGCCUCCUCUGCGCCCAUGUGCCGCCCCGCACGCGGUGCCCGUGGGCUCCGUGCCUUGGUGCCCGUGCGUGGGGAGGCGAGGAGAUGCGAGACGGGCACGGGAGGCGGGGACGGGGCCGGCGGCGGCUUCGCACUGCCUUCACCCUUCCCGUGGG